UCAGGCAGCCAGGCAGCCUGAGGAUGCACUGGCAGAGAACUUCAAAAGAGAAGUCGCAGUCCAAUCUUCUACCCACGGUGAGGGAGCUCCUGGAAGCCAAGAGGAGAUGUAGCAAUGGUAGCAACGUGGUGCAGGGGGCAUCGAAAGUCUCUCCCCAGCAGACAGAUGAUUUCGCUUUCCCGAACUCGGGCGCAGAUUUUGGCUCUGCGUUCCUGCCCAGUUACCCCUCUUGGCACACGGAUGUGUCCCAGUGCAUGCUGCUACCAGAACCCUCGGGUUAUGGCAUGUCCGGUGAGAUGCCUCCUGGGGAGGCGAUGAGCCCAGCGCGGAUGUACGAGCCCUACACGUUCACCGCACCCGGCGGUGACUCUCUCGCCGUGUUCCCGGAACAGCAGGCACCCUACACGCCCCUGGUCCCGGGACCCAACCUGUUGCCCUUGGAGACCCCGUGCCCCGGGCUGCCGCACUGGGUGGGGUCGGGGGCCUGUGCCCAGCAGGACGAACCCCCUCCGGUGACCUACUACCCCUCCGAGCCGGCGGGGCGCCCCCCGCUCCCUCCCCGGCCUCUGGGCGGACCCCGUCUGGAGGAGGCGCGCCUGACGGUCCAGCAGAUGGAGGUGUCCAAGCUGCUGGAGUCUGACCACGACGGGGACACGGUCCUGCACAUCUACGCGGCCAAGGGGAUGCGUGAGUUUGCAUUCGCCGCCGCCGAGAAGAUCUGCGGACUCAAGGGCCUGGAGACCAGGGAGCACAAGGGCAAGACUCCUCUCCUCGUUGCCGUGACGGCGAACCAGCCCGACAUCGUGUACGACCUGAUCGAGCUGGGGGCCGACAUCAGGGCCGCAGACCUCAAAGGACAAACUGCUCUGCACCUCGCCGCUACAGAGGGUUACCCCCAAAUUCUGCAGGCCAUUCAAUGGACUGGGAUCCAAGUAAAUGUCGAGGCCCGAGAUUAUGAAGGGUUUACACCUCUGCACUGUGCCGUCAAGUCCCACAACGCCAGUAUGAGGAAGCAGCGGGACGUGCAGAGGUUCGGAGGGGAGGACUGCACGGAUCUGCAGGACCGGGCUCAGGAUGUCCUCCAGUGCAUCAUCCUCCUGCUGAACAUGGGAGCCUCCAUCUUCACCCAGGACGUGAAGAGCAGCAUGUCCGUCCUGCACCAGGCCGUUCAGGAGGCAAACCUCGUCCUGGUCCAAUUCUUCCUGCAGCUACCCAACCCUCGUCUCCAGGACUUCCUCAACAUGAAGGCCCACGGGAACACGGCCCUGCACAUGGCGGCCGGGCUGCAGGGAGACGCGAACCAGGAGCGGAUCAUCCGGCUGCUGCUGGGACACGGAGCGGAUCCCGGCAUCCGGAACCUGGAGAACGAGCAGCCGGGGCACCUGCUGCCGGGCGGCCCACAGGGGGAGCAGAUGAAGCUGUUGUUGAAGAGAGGCCGCCCCGCCUCUUCGACCAAUCACAGAGCUGGAUCCUCAUAG